UCUCUAGACAAAGAGGUACGUUUAGAAUAUAAAAAGACAACAUGGCUUCAAAAUUUCACAAUUUGUUAGAAAUAAUUUAUUUAUAAUGAAUGAAAAAUAGAUUUGAUAAGAUACCCGGAACUGACGAGAGUGCUUGCUAUCCAUAAGUCAUACGAAGAAGGAAUCUGUUGUCAGUGAAAAGCAGAAGUUGUACGACUUGGCAUAGAAACGUAAAACGUACGGUACUCGACUAAUUACUAAACAAAUCUAAUUAAUCAACUUCAUAAACUUGUGCAAAUGGCUGAAAAUGACAAAGAGAGUGUACACAUUGGUCAUAAAGCACGUAUUUUAAGUCCAGACGAAAUUGAAAAAAUAGAAAAAGACCAAAAUUUAGUUUCUGAGUUUAAAAGAGAAAAAUAUGAAAAAGAAGCACAGAAAAAUUGGGAUUUGUUUUAUAAAAGAAAUACAACAAAGUUUUUUAAAGAUCGACAUUGGACAACCAGAGAAUUUCAAGAACUCUUGAAUGAAAAAAACAAGGAGAGUAAAUUAGUUAUAUUUGAAGUAGGAUGUGGUGUGGGUAAUUUUAUGUUUCCUUUGUUGCAAGAAGAUGACAGUUUAUAUUUUUAUGCCUGUGAUUUCUCCAAUAGAGCAGUUGACUUUGUUAAGGACAAUUCUCAGUAUGAUAAUGAAAGGUGUACAGCAUUUCAAUGUGAUAUAACGAAAGAUGAUAUAACCAAUCAAAUACCAAUAAAUAGUGUUGACGUAGCAACCAUGAUUUUUGUCCUAUCAGCUGUUAAUCCAGAUAAAAUGGUGGAUGCUCUAAAAAAUGUUUUUAGGGUAAUAAAGCCAGGUGGUUGUUUGUUAAUAAGAGAUUAUGGACUCUAUGAUUUUGCGAUGUUAAGAUUUGCAGCUGGACAUAAAUUAUCUGAGAAUUUUUAUGUGAGACAAGAUGGAACCCGAGCUUAUUAUUUUUCAUUAGAAAUAUUAGAAGGCAUGAUGACAGAAGCUGGUUUUAUACAGGAGAGAAAUGAUUAUGUUCAGAGAAAUACUGUCAAUAAAAAAGAGGGAAUCAAUGUACCAAGGAUUUUUGUUCAGGGAAAAUUUGUGAAACCAGGGGAUAACUCAUGAUCACUGCUUGGGAUCAUUCAGGAUUUUCAGAAGGCCUUAAUUAAGUUAAACUGCUAAGUAAAUGGUAUUGACUGGACACUGGUUAAAUGACAUUUUUUACAACUCAUUAUGUGUGGAAGAUGGAGAUAUCUUGGAAGUGGGAGCAAUGUGAUUAAUCUAUCCUGUAUCAAAUCUGUUGAUCAGAUAAAAUUUGACAAACAUUAAUCAGAUUACCUGUUGAUAAAACAGAUGCUCAGAAACUCAUGUUCAUCACCAAAUAAAUAUGUUAAAAUAUC